AUGCCCACCCAACCUAGUCCCAAAACACCACCAACCUGCACCCCACCCACGCCCGCACCUAACCAACACCACACCUGCACCCACCAUCGCCUACCCCUAACCCUAACCAAACCACACUCCUGCAACCCACCAUGCCCGCCCCUCCAACCCAACAUCCACCACCGGCACCCUCCACCAGCCCGCAACCUAACCCAAAUCCAAAAACCACACCUGCCACCCACCAUGCCCACGCAACCUAACCCAACACCACACCCCCUCUGCACCCCCCCACCACGCCCCCGCCCCUCCCUCCCACCCCCACCACCACAACCUGCGACCCACCAUGCCCACAACCUGAACCCAACACCACACCCUGCACCCACCACGCCCCGCCGCACCUAA